GAGAAGCUGCUUCAACAGGAGGUGGAGGCUAUCAAUCGCUCUGCUGAUAAAGUAGUGGAGGAGAGUGAGAACAUCUUCACUGAGAUGAUCCGUCUCCUAGAGAAAAGAAGCUCUGAUGUAAAGCAGCAGGUCAGAUCCCAGCAGGAAACUGAAUUGAGCCAAUUCAAAGAGCUUCAGGAGAAGCUGGAGCAGGAGAUCACUGAGCUGAAGAGAAAAAAUGCUGAGCUGAAGAAGCUCUCAGACAUAGAAGAUCACAUCCAGUUUCUACACAACUACUCCUCACUGUCACCACUCAGUGAAUCUACAUCCAGCAUCGAUAGCCGUCCUCAGUGCUACUUUGAGGAUGUAAAAGCGUCUGUGGCAGAAGACAGAGAUAAAAUACAGGAGGUUCUGAGAGAGAAAUUGACACAUGUGUCACCGAUAUGGACUGAAGUGGAUGAUUUACUGUCACAACCAGAGCCCAAGACCAGAGCUGAUUUCUUAAAAUAUUCACUUGAACUCACACUGGAUCCAAAUACAGUGAACAAGCAUCUGUUAUUAUUUCAUGGGAACAGGAAAGCCACAUUAGUUGAAGGAGAACAGUCUUAUCCUAGACACAAAGACAGAUAUGUAAAUUGUUGGCAGGUCCUGAGUAAAGAGAGUCUGACUGGACGUUGUUACUGGGAGGUGGAGAGGAGUGGGGAAGGAGUUUAUUUAGCAGUCGCAUACAAGGAUAUGGGCAGAGGAGAGAGCUGGCAUAAAAGUGCAUUCGGAUACAAUGACAAAUUAUACUAUUACUACUAUAUUAUAUUAUGACUAUAUUGUGACAGAGAAGGUUAUAAAUGUUUUGCAAACAAUGUCCAAACUCUCGUCCCAGGUCCUCCUUCCUCCAGAGUAGGAGUGUACCUGGAUCACAGGGCAGGUACUCUGUCCUUCCACAGCGUCUCUGAAACCAUGAUUCUCCUCCACAGAGUCCAGACCACAUUCACUCAGCCGCUCCAUGCUGGACUUUGGCUUUUCACUUCUUUUGGAGACACAGCUGAGUUCUCUAAAGUGAAAUAAACAGUCAAGUCAUUAAAGGGUUAAAUUCUGUUUUAACUCUUAAACGUAUUUUGUCUCAAUGCUUUUUGCUAAGAGUUGAUUUGUGGCUUUUCUUCACUGCACAGAGAUCAAAUGUCAGUCAAACAUUAUGGGAUGUCCUUUGACAUCUUCCCAUUAGUUGUUAUAUAAAUGUUUGAGUUUCUUUAGGUGGCGCUCCUUCCUGUGUCCGUUUAGCCAUGGAGGCUACCACUAUUUGUUGACCUGAACUUAAAAUGUAAAGUUCUCUGUGCUCUAAAUGUUUGAAUAUUUGUAUUGAUGGAUUUGUAGGUUGUUGUUUUCUCUUCCACUGUGAGUAUGAAGAGAGAAAGCACCAGACCUCCUUUAUCGUAGAUAUUUUGUUCUGAUCCCUUUGUAAAUUUGUAAAGAAUUACACUUACAUGUUUUUGUUUAAAAUGAUUUAUGUGAUGAUUAUGAUACUAUGAUCAUAAUCAAGGAGAUCCUCCAUUAUUCUCAGUUAAUUGUGUGGAUGAAGUGAAUCUGUACGUUAAGCCAUUUAACAGCCUUUACU